AUGUCGAAGCCCAUCAAUCGCAUCACCCUGUUCAAGGUCCCGAACCCCGACGACAUUCCCGCCAUCCUGGAGAAAUACACCACCCUCACCACCGACGCAAAGAAGGACUCCAAACCCUACAUCACUUCGGCCAAGGCCAAUGCCGUCAUCCCGGAUCCGGCCGGCCGCAACCAGGACUUCACCAUCGCCGCAAACACCGUCUUUGCCUCGCUCGACGACAUGAAGUUCUACGACGAGGACUGCGAGGCCCACAAGGCCAUCAAGGCCUUCCUGAAGCCCAGGAUCCAAGGCGUCAUGACCGUGUACUAUGAGGCCAACUGA